AUGACGGAUCGCGGGGAAACCAGUACCGGUAUAGGAUUUGGGGGUACACAUUCAAACAUUACCCUCCAACAAAACCCUGCAAACCUUGAUACGACGGCCGCGGUGGCCUCAGUUCUCGAAUGUAUGACGUUACAGCAGAGCACCCUACACAUUCCCGUUUUUGAUGGACGUAAUCCGCCUCUGAAAGAAUUCUUACAAGACGUGGCAAAUGGAGCCGCGUUCUUGACGGAAAAUUCCGAGCCCGGAUUCAUCAAUGCCGUACUUAGCAAAUUAAAAGGUGCGGCUCGGGAAUGCGUGAGAGACAGGCGCUUUCAACGAUUAGACGAAUUAGUGUCCCAUCUAAAGAAAAGAUUCGCCUCUUUUAAAAAGUAUCAAUGGUACUUAGACGGUAUCAUGAGUAUCCGUUUUAAACAAACAGAGACGGUUAGCGAUUACAAUGAUCGAUUACAGGGCUUGUUGAGCGGAGCGAGACACGCCCUGCAAGCAAAAUAUAACGCACGUUAUCGUGAAGUACAAGGCGACGCUGUUCGUAUUCAAGAAACUCCCGAAAGUACUAUCAUGAUGAAACCUAUCAUUGACUGUGCCCUUGAAGCAUUUAUUCGAGGUCUGCCGGAGGAAAUGUCUAUUUUUGUGGACACGAGAAAUCCGGCAAACUUGGAAGAAGCCUUCGAGCAUGCCCUUCGUGCUGAGGAGAGGCAUAAAUAUUCGGAUCGGUCGCGAGGUACAUCGUAUCAUAUUACCCGCGCCGAAGAACGCCCUCGAUCACCUAGUCCAUACACAAGGCAGGUCGAGAGGAACGUUCCCAAUCCGGAUAAGCGCAGAUCAGAAAGCGAUAGGGAUUCUGAAUCACAUAGGUCGCGAAAGAAUCCGUAUGACACCACCACGUGCAGUGUCUCCUGGACCUCAAGGAAAUUUAAACUUCCAACCGACUCGGCGCACCGACGCGGCGGCGAGUCCAACCCCGCAGCGUCAGCGGAGUGUCCAGUUCGCGGACAAUACCAUAAAGUCCUACGAGCAGGAAACACGGCCGAGGACUCCCCAGUAGUGCAGUUCACCGCAUCAGAAUUUAGAGAGCCAAAGAUUAGGUUUCUAGUAGAUCCAGGGUCCGAUACCAACUUAAUCAAGCUGUGUGCCCUAGAACCCGAACUCACCCUUGACCCGAGCAAGCGUACAGAGAUUACGGGAAUAACAAACCAUACAGUCAGAACACUCGGUACAAUUGUACUUAACAUCGCGAAUACACCUGUCGAGUUUCACGUGGUAAGAAACAACUUUCCUGUUUCUACUCACGGAAUUUUAGGGCGACCCUACCUUCGACAGGAAAAGGCCCAGCUAUCAUUCUGGCACAAUACCCUGGUUACUAUCUCUAAUCCAGUGACCCCUAUCCCUUUUGUUGAUAAGGAAUCACUGGCCGCAAAGCAGAUUUUGAAACCUCUUAUCAAGCCCUUUAAAAGGGUUCUGCGCAUUCGAGCCAGAACUCGACAUCCAAUUGCUAUAGACGUUCGCAACCCUAAUUUACCACAGGGUUAUCUUCCCCGAAUUAAUACUCCUCCGGGGGUGUAUUUAGGUGACGCCGUGGUAAAUAGUGAAAAUGGCGUAUGCCAUGCUGUUGCUAUUAAUACCACAGAAGAAGAUGUCGACCUAGAAUUGACUCCUCAAGAACUAAUCCCUUUUGAUUUUUGUAAUCUUGAGGAUAAGGAAUCUUCCGACUCAGAGUUUGAUCAUCCCUCACCCCCACUCUUAACCUAUGCAGAACGAAUUAAAAAGGUUAAGGAUGCCCUUUUCGUGUCCCAUUUAAAUUCAGAAGAAAAGGAACUUGUCUUUCAAUGGGCUGAUGACUAUGCUGAUAUUUUUCAUCUCAAUGGGGAGCCCUUGAGUUGCACCCAUUUAAUUCAGCAUAGAAUCCCUACCACCGACGAUAAAAUCAUUCACAAAAAGCAGUAUCGAUCUCCUAAUGAAGCCCUACAGCAAAUCGACGAGCAAUUGCUCAAACAGUUCGAUAGUGGCAUUAUUGGAAAUUCGACCUCCCCCUAUAACUCCCCUCUUCUUAUUGUUCCAAAGAAACUUGAUGCUUCGGGAAAAAGAAAAUGGAGGGUAGUUAUUGAUUAUCGGGCGCUUAAUGAAAAGGUGAUAGGAGAUGCUUACCCCCUCCCCAAUAUUUCCGCCAUUUUUGACAAAUUGGGGACGGCAACGUACUUUACGGUCUUUGACCUUGCCAGUGGUUUUCACCAAGUGGAGACACACCCAGAUGAUCGGCACAAAACCGCUUUCUCGUCUCGAAAUGGACAUUUCGAAUACAAGCGCAUGCCUAUGGGGAUUAAAAACGCACCCCCCACUUUUCAGCGACUUCUAAAUAACGUGCUUGGCGGUAUGCUCGAUUCGGAGGCAUUCGUGUACCUUGACGAUAUCAUUAUCUAUUCUGAUACCCUCGAAGAACACGAUAGGCGAGCUCGAAGGCUAUAUAAUAGACUUCGAGAAGCUAACCUAAAACUCCAACCUGACAAGUGUGAAUUCCUGAAAAAGGAAGUUGCCUAUCUUGGUCACAUUGUUGGAGCAGAUGGAGUAAAACCGAAUCCAGUAAAGAUCAAAGCCAUCAAGCAUUUUCCUGUACCGAAAACCCCAAAAGAAGUCAGGAGUUUUCUCGGCCUCUCGGGCUAUUACAGGCGCUUUAUAAAAGAGUACGCUAAAGCAGCGAAACCUUUAUCCGAUCUGUUAAAGAAAACAGAAGAGUGGAAUUGGGGUAUUCCACAGCAGAAGAGUUUUAAAAGACUUAGAAAGGCUCUGUGCAAAAGGCCUAUUCUGCAAUACCCUGAUUUCACAAAACCGUUUAAACUAACAACCGAUGCCUCUGAAUAUGCCAUUGGGGCAAUGUUGACCCAAGAGCGAGACGGCAUUGACCUCCCUGUCGCGUAUUAUUCAAAAGUCUUAAAUGCUACCGAGCAGAAAUAUCUCAAGCCUGAGAAGGAAUGCCUUGCAAUAUUGUACGCUGUUGAGCAUUUUCGACCUUAUUUAUACGAUCAAGAUUUUAUCCUGUCGUGCGACUGUGAACCAGUUCACUGGAUGAGUUACGUUGAGAAUCCAGGAACGCGACUUCAAAAAUGGCGAUUAAAGUUACGAGGGUAUCGUUACAAAUUCGAGUAUAAACCCGGUAAAAUAAAUAGAAUCGUGGAAGCCCUUUCUAACAACCCUGUCGAAAAUAACGACAAAGAAAACAUAAAUGAGGAGUUGCUGUCCUCCGAGUCAGAAUGGACUGAAUCUUCUGACGAAAGUGAUCAGGAUGACUUACAUGACAAACUCGACGAAUCAAAAGACAAUACACCCCCACUCCGCGCCCUUCCUAUAUCUAGUAGUGCGCUAAAGAAAACAAGUGGUGACAGUGCGCGAGUGAAAUCCGAUCAACUUCAAAGUGAUAGCAAAAACCGACAAGGUGCUCCCCACCCUUCCAGGGUUGAACCCAAACCCACCAACAAGCAAGAAGGUAAAAACAUUCGACCUAUUCCUACUUUCAAAUUUCCUGCGGAAACAAGGAAAGGAGUUUCUUCUUCAAGGUCAGUGAUACCCCCUUCGGGUUCUAGACAAGCCCCGCCCACUUCAUCAUCGACUUCCAGGACAACCAGGUCGUCAGGGGAUUCUCUAAGACCGGCUACAUCGAAAGAAACCCCAUUCAUGCCUAGGAAAAUUCUCACGAGACCUCCAACAUCACAGUCAAUCAAACCUGUGUGCUCGAGUGGCAACAGUUCUCCAAUCCCAGGAACUUCUUCAGAACCAAAACCAACAACCUCCAGACCCCGUGGAAGACCCCAUGGAUCCACCAAACCUAAGGAACCCCAAGGUGAGGAUGCUUAUGUUCCCCCUCCAGGCUCUAAACUUGUGGAUCCAGAUGUAAGCAGCAUUGCUAGGAGGUUGAGAGAAAGGAAACGAGAAAUUCGAGAGGAAACUCGUCGCCAGGAAGAGGAAUCUUCCUCUUCAAACGAAUCAACAACAGAGACUGACAAGGAGGAAAUUUCCGACCCUCCAGUAUUUCGUGCGAGUCACAGUGUAUUCCCUAGUCUUCCUCCCCACCUCACACCUAAGAGUUCGACUACACCCGAAACUCAAAUCAACAUCAAUCAAUCAUCACCCCCGUGCAUUCCUCCAGAGUCCAGUUCAUACACAGACGUUUACGUAGAUGGCGCGUGUUGUGAUAAUGGCGGCGUAAGACCACGUGCGGGUAUCGGUGUUUGGUUUGGUCCUGAUCACCCUCUCAACAUCUCGCAACGAUACAAGGGUAGACAGACCAACAAUGCUUCCGAAAUAGAGGCUGCCACUGCAGCAAUCAAACAAGCAAAACGGGCUGGGAUGAAUCAUCUUAGAAUAAAAACUGACUCCAAGGUUCUUGUGCAGGCAAUCCAGGAAUGGGUUCCAAAAUGGCAGAAAAAUGACUGGAAGACUAACGAAAAUAAACCAGUUAAAAAUAAAAGUGCCUACGAACGAUUGGUUAAGGCCAUGAAAAAUCUGGAUGUCGUGUGGGAACACGUGCCCGGCCAUGACGGAAUAGAUGGAAAUGAGAACGCCGACCGACUAGCAAGAGAAGGCGCCCUUCUAGAACCCCCUUCAGAAUCCAGCUCUUCCUCUUCCAGUGAGUCAUCGGAUCAAGAGAGUGCAGAGGUGCUUCCUCCAGACCAGGCGAUUGUUACAGUACCCCCUCCACCUCCCGACAGCGAGGAAAGUUCGGAAUCAGAAGAUGAACAAGAAAAGGAAACUAAAACACAGGAUAAUCCAACAGAUCCUAGCGACCAGGAUGACUCCUUACAACGAUCAAUCAAGCGAUUCGAUGAAUCUCUAAAGCAACGUGAUUUAAACUCCUUCGAACAGUCCAAUCAAACCUUGGCAUGGGAUCAUGAAGGUAUGGGCCGAACACCUAAGAAAAGGAUUCAUGUUUCCGAUGGAGAAAGCGACGAAGAUUACCUACAGUACCUUGAAUCUUUGGAUCCUUGCGGAGAAGGUGACGAUGGCGAAUUCGCGACUAGAGUAAAAAGAUUUUUGGACAAUUUUAACAAGAAACGAGAAUCGAAUCGAGAGCAAGACCACACACCUCGUGUAGAAUCUAUACCACCCCUCGUGUGUGAACCUCCCUCUACCAGCGGAAUUUUAAAAGACACCCCCGUGACAAGUCACCCUUGCCCCGGAAGAAAACAAAGCGUGGUACGUUUCCAGGACAUGCCCGAAGUGAUUGAAGAAGCAAGUGUUAACGAUAGCAUUGCAGCCAGCCUUCCGGCCUUUACCCCAGGAAACUUGCCAGCUCCAGGUGCGCAGUCCACCCCGUUCACCCGGUUUCAGGAAAAAGAAAGCGAAGAACAAACUGAAGAAGUGCGACGGAGAGCGAACAUUGUGCCUCGGCGACUACAUUCAAACUGUGCGGAUCUACCCCCACCAGUGAUGUGCAUACCCCGAGCAGCUUCGCCAAUAGACAUUAGCAUUUCUGACGUAGAUUCCCCUUCUUCCUCUGAAUCCUCGGACGACGAGAAAGUGAUUGCCACUACCUCCAAAAUUACCAAGGAAAACUCGGAAAAUGUUUUCCACCAAUGGACCGAACCUUUGACCUACAAGAAAGACAAUAUCGCCCAUUUUAUCUCUGAAGAUUGUGAACCCGUGGAUUCAAUUUCUAAACUUUUAAUUGCCACCAACAAAAUCGACUUACAAGAUAUUCGAGAUAACAAUCCGAUAAAAGGACAAGUUCAGGUCACCCUUUGUGGACGAUAUAAAAUUUACUCGAUCGUGGUCAAGAAAAGACAUUCUGACGAACUCAACUGGAGUGACGUUACCGUAGGGCUACGAAAUUUAAAGUAUGCUUUAGUCCUUGACAAUCAGACUCAUUGCCGAAUGGCCAAUUCUGGAGACCUAUUAGGUAACCUCCCUCAAACGACCAUGGCGGGCAUAUUAGCAGGAAUAUUCCGCGGUGGCGACAUAAAGAUCACCCUUUGCCACGGAAAAAUCGAAGUUCCUCCUCCGGAAAUACGCCCUAAAAUAAUAUCUGAAUUCCAUGAUAGUUUGGUAGGUGGCCAUAAGGGUAUUACAAAGACGUACAGACGAAUACGUGAACGGUACUAUUGGCCUAGGUUACGAGAUGAUGUAACACAAUUUAUUCGCAAGUGCAAAAGUUGCCUUGAGAAUAAACUUGUAAGAGCUCGAACUCGCGAACCUAUGCUGAUAACUGAUACCCCGGCAAACCCAUUCGACAAAGUAUCCCUUGACACAGUGGGUAAAUUAAGAACUACCCCUAAUGGAAAUCGACACAUUCUAACCAUGCAGGAUAACUUUAGUAAGUACUGCAUCGCAGUUCCUAUCCCAGAUAUAAAAACUACCACCAUUGCCCAUGCUGUGGCAACGAACCUUUUCUCUCUCUAUGGAGCGCCUAGAUGCGUGCUCACAGACAGAGGGGGAAGUUUUGUGAGUUCCUUGAUGCGAAAAUUGGAGAAAAUAUUUGGCGUGAAGCAACUCACCACUUCCGGUUAUCGCCCUCAAACCAACGGUGCUUUGGAGAGAAGUCACAUUGAACUGACAGAUUAUAUUAAACACUAUGCAAAUGAUUUCGACGAUUGGGAUCGUCUACUUCCUUUCGCGAUGUUUAAUUAUAAUACAUCGGUUCAUGAAGCUACAAACUUCACUCCAUACGAGCUGGUUUUUGGUCGAAUGGCCCGGAUUCCUAGUUCGUUCCCACAGGGCCCAGAACUGGAAACUUAUGGUGUUUACCUGAGAGAUUUGAUAGUUAGAAUGCACGAGCUACAAAAUUUGGCUGCCGAUCGAUUGAUCAGAGCUAAGGAAAGAUCGAAAGAAUUUCAUGAUUCAAAAGCUCGGCCCUCUAACGUCAAGGUCGGCGACCAGGUCUACACGUAUAAGGAAGUUCGAACAAAUAAAUUUGAUUCUCGUGCCCUUGGUCCGUACACUGUGGUCGGACUAACCCAGAAUAAUAACGUCAUUCUGGAGGACGAAAAUGGCGAGAGAUUUGCCAAACACAAAGAUAAGAUAAUGGUUGCUCAUUUUUAACCAUUAUCUCUCUCCUGAAACGUCAUUAACGUGAUUUCUGAUUUUAGGUGAAAAACAAUAACGAAAGGGUGGAUCAUAACUGUUUUGUGCCUACUUCCUAUCAUUGCAGUAAGCAACGUUUGAUCAAAGAUGUCUAAUUUCUUCGCAAACUCGGUAUCACUUAAAGAAUUGGAGGAAGAGUUUCAAAGGCGUCAAGACCUAUACAGUCAGAAGGAGGCCAUGGACAGACAAACGACCCUUAUCUAUGGUUCGUACGGAAGCUCGAUGCUGAUCAUCAUAUGCAUCUUGAUGUACCUGUGCUGCAAAGUUAUUUCGAGUAGAGCCAGCUGUUUCACAAACACCACAAGGUCUAAACAGAAGAAACCCAAGGUAACAGCUGAUUGCCAGUUCAAGUUAAGACAAAACUAUGCUGUGACCUCGGAAGCCCAGGUCAACAGCUCGACAUUACCCCGGUGUCCUACUAUCAACAAAAUCAAUGAUUCUACUGAAAACAGUGCAGGAACAUUAAAUGACUAUAAUCCAAUCAACAUGGGGUCUUGUGAUACCCCACAGCCUUCAACAGCAUCCCUGUAUCCUCGCAUCAAUGAGAUUAAUGAUUCUACAGAAAACAGUGCAGGAACAUUAAAAGAACAUCAUCCAAUCAAUAUGGGGUCUUGUGACACCCCACUACCAUCAACAUCACAACAAGAGGAAUUACAAUUUAAUUCUGCACCAACAAUAUUUAGAAAAACGCAUUCGCUGCCAGCAGCGACCACAAGACCAGCCGUCAUGUUGCCGAUACAACAGCUACAACCGUAUUAGUAAGGUAUAUUAGGAUAUAAGGCGACUAAUAUUACAUAACGGUACAGUAAAGGGUAGCAAUGAUUUUGUGCCGGAGAGAAAAAUCCGCGGCUUGGAAUAAUAAUAUCCCAUAAAUAGUAAGAGGAACAUGCGAAGGUCUUAACGAUAAACCCUAAGGGUUUAACUGCCAACUAGAGGCGCCUCAAGUGCCCGUUCUCCCUCCUGUCGUUUUACUAAUGAGUGAUUGCUUUUAUACAAACUCGUAAAUGCAAACACUCAUAGCGUACGAAAGUGUUGGGUCAGCACAUAUCAUUGCUAUCUUUUACUGUAACCAAAACAGGAAAGUUGCGGUGCGUGAGAAUACAUUAUACUCUGAGAGCGUUUCGACAAUGGAGCCAGUACCGUCAGGACGUAUCCGCGGCCUUCUCCUCGUCAAUAAGCAAGGAAAAUUUACCAUGGUGGGGAACAUAUAAUGGGAUAAACUUACAGUGUAACACAGCCACUCAGAGGCGCACCCACCAUGGAGGGGCCAGAUUUCCUUCCUACCAUGUAACCAACAAAUGGUGUUUGCUGUUAUAAAAAAAAAAAAACUUUUAUAAAAGCAAGCACCCAUGGCUUAUGAAAGUUUUGGGUCAGCACCUUACCAUUUUCGAAACGCCCUAGAGAGUUAUUUUAUUUUUAUUUUAUUUUUGGGAAAUUAAUAAAUAAGCUAAAACGGGCUGCGAUAAUAGCUAUUCUAUUUUUUAUAUUAAAUAUACAUCUGAAAAUUAAAAAAAAAAAAAAAAAAAACAAA